UUUUGCAGACUAUAUCCAUAAAGCGACUAUGUGCAGGAAAAAAGUUCGAAGUGACAGAAAAUUUGAUAACGUGGAUUACACACAACUUACAGAAACCGAUAAUGAUUUCUUUGAUUCACAAUUUGUAAGUCCACCAAUAGAAAUACCAUGGAAGGCUAUUAUAUUAGCAGUUCUCCUAUUCAUUGGAGGCACUAUCAUGCUCAUAAUGGGAAGCUUGAUUGUCAGUGGAUACAUUGAUUCAAAAAUAGCUGCAUAUAUGGCUGCAGGCAUUUUUAAUGAGGGAUAUUUAUCCAUCCUGAUGACAAUGCAGUUGCUGGAUUUACGCAUUGGCCAGCAAUGCAAAUUAUUUGCCGAUACUACUGACGAAUCGCGGAUUGAGCGACAGAACGCGCGGCAGUCACUCAGCAGCAAAGAGGCCAGGACAGCUCGAAGAGCCGAACAAAUUCAUCUUCAUGAAUACUACGAGGAAGCUGAAGGCCUCUUAUAUGGUGCAGGAAUCGCUGAUUAGCAGAUUAUUGAUGUAAGUAGUCAAUAAAUCAAACUUUUUCCGACCGCAAACUUUAAAGCGUGUUUUCUCGAGUUUUCAUUUUUACGAUUUUUCCUAAACUGCGUACACGAUAGCAAAAAAAAUAUU